AUGAACCACGACCAAGAUCUCCCAACCCAAUCCCCGGAGCCUAUUUCGACGCUUGAAGAAGCAGCACCACCGCUUCCGACCAAUCCUCGCUAUGUUUCCACAGCAAUGCCGUCGGCGUGGUGGGCUGGGCGCUUUUCGUCUCUCCAUGACCGGUUCCACGGCGAGUUGCUUACAGCUCGUAAUCUCAAUCUGAUCAUUGAGGCACAGACCUUCCAGGCCAUGUUGUCUGGUGAGAUUAGCAACUCGACAUCUACCCCCUCGGCGCCUACAGCAUCAGCAUACAACAACCCUUCUACCUCUGUUUACGCCUCUAGCCGCAUCAUGCCCGCCUGUGAUGGCAACUUCGACACACCUGCAAAAAGGCGCCCGGAUGCUGCCCAGCUCGGUCUUAAGACGACUGAGGAUAGACACAUACCGUUCUAUGUGCGCAAUCAAAUAGGCAUACCGCAUUCGGCCACCACCGAUGCUGUCAUGCAGACUCCCAGAAAGUCUAGCACCUAUGUCAGCGAGCGGAAUCCUGCAGUCUACAAGACGGUGCACCACGGGGAGAAAGCCCAUCACCAGGCUCCCUCUCCUUCCAUGAUACCUACUCGCGUCAUUCCCAGGUCUGAAUCUUCCAGGAUUCUUCCCCGGCGACCCCUGCCAGAUCUUCCCGUAUCCGAAUCUUCAAGGGUCCUACCUCGACGGCCCCUGCCAAGAAUUCCACAUUCUGAUUCAUCCGGUGUCAUCCACAUUUACACAGAUGACGGCGACAAUGACGAUUCGUCCGCGAGCUUCCGGAUGAAGAACACCGAUCGCCGAAACAGGAUCAUGAGCGAAUCCCAGGUCAAGGCCAGGAAGGACAGAGAGGACAGACUCCGAAAGGAGAGGGAGGAUAUGCUGAGAAGGGUGACAAUUGCCGAUGCGACUGCCCUGACUGAUGACGAUAACAGAUGUCGUCGUGUCUUUCUCCAUCUCGAGGCAACCUGUACGACAGAUGAGGCACGCAACUCGCUGUAUGCUUGGCAACAGGACCAUGCGAGAAAGACAAACCGGGAGGUGCUGCUUCCAAGGGGCGGUACCAUGCACGAUCCGCGCAGCUUCAGAAGCACUGUCUUUAGGAGGACUCUGUUUGGGAGUCGCCGAAAUAUGGGGUCCUUGCCUUCUGGUUCUGGCGGAGGCAUCGUCACGACUGGCCUCAAUGUCAACCUUGGACAACCUGAAAGCGAGAUCCGGCACUCAAAGACGGAACGUUCACUGCUCCAGGUGCCGAGGAGUGUGUUUACCCACGGAAGAUCAGCCAGUAUGGAGUUUGACAAUACGGAGCCGAGUUCCUAUGGGUAUCGUCUUGAGCGACACGGCACUGUUCGCGGAGCUCCGGCAGGGAACGAGGUCAAGAAGGGACGGUAUCAGCAUCGUAUGAGCCUUGCGUGA